AUGAAAGAGAAAGGGAUUUCAAAACUAAUCAAAUAUUUCAAAUCUACCAUUGAAUUUAGAUGUAAAAUCACACCACCACCAAAAAGUUCAUCAGAGUUGAAUUUUAUAAUUGAAAAUUUUGAAAAGUUAGGAACUAUUGAAUAUUUAGUUAACACGACAUUGAAUGAUGUAUCAAUAAUUGAAAAUGAUGGGUUUUGGCUCAAAAUUAUAUUCAAUCCAAUUUUGAAAAGAUCUAGGUUUGGACCAAUAUUAAGUGAGGAGGAAAUGCCAACAUUAGACAAGAAAUCUGACUUGGUAUCUAAAACAAUCAAAUCAAAGUUUAUCAAUAAUUUAUACAACUUGAUAGCGAUUCCGAGAUACCUCUACCUAAAGAAUGAUAAUCCUGGUUUCUUCACAAAUACGAAUCAUCUCAAGUUUGUAUAUGAUUUAUCGAGCAAAGGGUCAAUUUUUUAUAAUAAAUUCAAAUUAUCUAAUUCAUCAAUUGAGCAUCCUUUUAUAACUAUUAUUGAAAGUGAUCCGACCAUAAACAAAUUUAAACUAAGAGCGUCAAUACGGCACAAUUAUCAAUAUUUUCACAAAAUUGAUAAUAUCGAAAUCAUAGAUGAUGCUAGAAGAAUAUUGCAAAAUCUACAAGAGCCAUUAGAUAAAAAUAAAUAA